CUCCUCCUUCUCCCGCUCGCUCGCUCUCUCCUUCCCUCUCUCUCAGUGAAAGGCAGACAUGUGCUUGCCGUGCCAGCAGACCGAUUUAACCCUCUCCUCAGAAUAACUAAUGCACAGACAGCUGUCUUUCCCUCCUUGACGCCCCUAACUAUCUCCCUCUUUCUUUUUCCCUCCACAGUGGCUCUAUUAAUUAUUUCUCCUCCUUUCCUUUCCUUUCUUCUUAUUUUCCCCUGCUCAGACGGAUAAAAAGACUUGUCCUAUAGCAGAGCUUGUGUAAUCGCUGGCUUCACAAGCACGGGAGCUCCUGCCUCAACACCGGCCCAAUAAGGAAUACCAAGCACUGGACUGAACACCACAGUGUUGGAGAAAAGGAGAGAACAUAGAAAACAGGACAAUAAGGAAGAAGGAUACAGCAAGGACCACAGAGAGUGACAGAAGAAGAGAGAAGAAACAGAGUGAGGAGUGCAGGAGGAGUAAAGUGUUAGGACCAUGCCUGGCUGUCACAUCCGGACGCCCCUGGUGUUGGUGCUCUGCAUGCUGGUGCUGUCCUGUGGGUCAGGAGGUGCCCGGCGGAUCAGGAAGAGAGGGCUUCACCAAAAGGACUAUGAGUAUCCGAACCAGCAGUCCCAGUCCACACAGUACCAGAAGAACGACCGCUGCCCACCCCCACCUCAGAUGCUGCCGGAGCGGGCCUGUGAGGUGCCCGGCUGCCGCUCUGACUCAGAGUGUGAGCGCCACAAGCGCUGCUGCUACAACGGCUGCAUCUACGCCUGUCUGGAGUCAGUGCAGCCCCCACCAGUGCUGGACUGGCUGGUUCAACCCAAGCCUCGAUGGCUGGGAGGGAAUGGCUGGCUUCUAGACGGUCCAGAGGAGGUACUGCAGGCGGAGGCCUGCAGCACCACAGAGGAUGGUGACGAGCCCCUGCACUGUCCCACGGGCUACGAGUGCCACAUCAUCAACCAAGGAAACCCCGCCGCUGGCAUUCCCAACCGGGGACAGUGCAUCAAGUCUCGUGGCAACUCUGGUGCUAUUUCUCAUCCAGAUGGACGUCCAAUGAGGCAAAAGUCCUACAAGGACUACUUGGGAACUGGAAGUAGCUCUAAUAAUGCAGUGGCCUAUGAGAAACACCACCACAAACACUUGGGAUGAGAUACCUCAACACAGAACCUCAGCUAUCAGAGCCCAGAUAUCAAACCUCUCUUGACAAUGGAACACAGCACAACCCAGACAAGAUAACCUCACGGUGCUUUACACUUCCCACGUCUGGCCUGGGGAAAGGAGGAAAACAAGCAUACAGUUCCUACCUCUUCUCAAACUGGUAAACUCCUUUGGUUGGAAUAAUGAUCCAGGCAGGGUUUUAAACACAUAAUACUUUGACAGAUUUACACACACAGAAACAUGCUUUGAUUUAGUCAUGGGUAAGGCGUAAUGGUUGAAGCAGAGAAAGGAACAAGACAAAGCCCUUUUCUUGAUCAGUCUCAAACUGGGAAAUAAAAAAACAUGCCAUUUUUGUAUAGACAAUAUCAAAGUAGAUCCACUGAAACACCCCACAACCAGACACACACACCCAUCUCAUAGAAACCUAACCUGAGGCCCAUUGAUGGAUGGUCAACAGGAAAUAAGGACUAUGUGCUGCUGUUGGCCCUCACCCUUCAGGCCAGCAGGAUGAAGGUCCCAUAAACACAGAGACCCAGGAACAGACCCAGAACCACCAACACACUCCAUACAUGAUUCAUGUAAUAACUUCACAGCUGCCCUCCACUCCGCUUACAGCUUGAACAAAGCCUGUCAAUCAUGGUGGGAGAGCAAGCUGGGCCUUACACCAGUAUGACCCCAUCAUCCACACACAGUUGUUCAAACUGUUUGUAUCGACUGUAAAUCAAAUUGAACAUAUUCCAUCCAGUAUUUUCACUCAAGUCAGUCCAAAGAUGAACAUUAGUAUGACAGAAAGACAGGUGUGAGUGGUUAGGAAUAGGCAUGUCUGUAUGUUAGUACUACAUCAAAUGGUGCUCAGUUCUAACGCCGUCUCUUCUAACAGAACAAUAAGCUGGUCUACACAUGAAGACUGAAUUCCAAAACUAAUAAGCUAGGAGGUAUGAACAACAUGUAACCAUUCUCUAUGAGGGAGACAGUAAUAUCCAAAUGUUAUCAAACUGGUGCUGUAAUGUUGCCUUGUGUAUUACAAAUAAACGGUAUGUUUGAGGAA